ACGGGAAGAACUUAUGUUGACAACCGUGGCGACCGUAGCGGCAGCGGCCACCGGCGGAAUUGCUGUCGCCUUAUACGUAUUCGGCCAUCAUAUCCACCUGGCUGCGUCAAAGGUAGAUGCCAUCGUACGUCUGCGUGCCCUUGCCACAUCUUGGAUGGUGCGACUCUCUGGAACGUCGAGCUCAUUGUCCAAGUUGGAUGUAGUCGCACAACUGGCGCCGAAUGUCAUUCGUGUGCUGGGGUUGAACCCUGGCCGGAUGACGCUCCAAGGGACCAACACGUACAUUGUUGGGGCUGGGAAGCAGCGCAUCUUGAUUGACACUGGGGACGGUUCGAAGGCGUACAUGGAGCUGCUCGUCGCGACGAUGCAUCGCUUCGACAUUGACGGGUUCUCCGACAUUCUCCUCACGCACGGCCACUUUGAUCAUGUUGGCGGGUGUUGGGCUCUUCAGAAAGCAUUUCCUAAGGCCAAAAUGUGGAAACUGCUCACGUACACCUCCACUGCAACCGCCCCGGCCUGCGAGUGUUCUGCUCACGUAUCAAACUCGUUUGUCCACGACCAAUUCCACAUGCACGACCUCCAUGCCCUCAGUGUUUCGAACGAGUCGAUCCAAACGGAAGGCGCCGCCAUUGGCGUCCUGCGCACGCCUGGCCACACCAACGACCACGUGUGCUUCACCCUACGAAACGACGACACCAACCAAGUGACCAUCUUCACAGGCGAUUGUGUCCUCGGCGAAGGCACCUGCACGUUCCAAAACCUGUCGGAAUACAUGGCAUCCCUCGAGUUGCUGAAAUCUCAGGACCCCGCGACGCUAUAUCCCGGGCACGGCCCUGUCCUCCACAACGCCAUCGAAGCCAUUGACAUGUACAUUUCCCAUCGACGAAAGCGCGAGGACGAAAUCGUCGCGUUUCUAACGUCGUUGCACACGAAUGGUGCAACGCCAGCACAAAUCGUGUCCAAGCUGUACCCUGGGUUGCCCUACGCAUUGACCAUCCCCGCUAAACGAAACGUGCAACUGCACUUGAACAAACUUGUGGGCGACGGCAAAGUGUUUCCAGCUCCAAGUGGUUCCUACCAAAUCACCAAGGCCCUAUAAAAACCAUGCCGUGGAUGUUAUUACGUUGCUCGUCCUCGAUGGGCGAGUUGGUACACACUAUUACGAGCGCCAGCAGCAACCUCAGUCAUUUUCGGUCGGUUUUCGUGUCACGGUGAAAUGCUGCUACCUUGGAGUGUUAAGGUCUUAAUUAAAUGAAUCAUUGUUGUGAAUA